UAAGAAGGACUGUACGUGUUCUGGUCUCUCUGCUCAGUACUUUUAUACUAUUUCCUGUGUACAUUGCCGACGAACAACUCUACAGUGACCGUUUUUGCCCUUUUUUUAAUUAUCCAUAACCUUUCUUCGCCGGCUGAACCCACCAACAUUGGCAGAUCUAAUUGUCCUACACCGCCUCCGUUCCAUCUACACGCCUUUCUCUCUCUAGAAUUCUUGUGUUCUAGCCCAUUUUUUUUUCCAAUUGCUAUUUAAUUUUCUCUCUUUCGUUCCGUAAUUUAUAAUUUUGGUGUUCUGAUUUGAGAUUUAGGGGUUUGUAUUCGGAUUUUUCAAUGAAGAUCUAGUUCAGAUUUGUUGGAAUCUGAUAAACCCUAGGUAGCUAAACGAUGCAGAGCUCAACGAGCUCAGUGGCCCAACCGGAGGGAAUUCUGGAAUGGCUUCAGAAAGAAAUGGACUAUCGACCUCUCGGUCCGUACGUUUCUUCUAGCAAGGCGUCAAUGCCAUCGAGUGAUUCGAUUCGCCGGGUUUGCCGUGGAAAUAUGAUUCCGGUGUGGAAUUUCUUGCUGAAGAGAGUGAAAUCGGAGAAAACGGUGGAGGAUAUUCGGCGAAACAUACUCGUUCAUGGUGGAGAUGACAGUGGCGGUGGGGGUGUUGAUUCGGGGAAAGGCGGUGAGGUGGGGAAGAGUAGAGGGAGAAGGAAGGAGAAAAUUGAGAGUUCGACUUCGAAUUCGAUGGAGAGUAGUAGAGAGAUUGCUUUACGUGAGAGAGAAUUGGCGGAGAAGGAGACUGAGAGGUUACGGCAUAUUGUGAGAAGGCAGCGCAAGGAGUUGAAGGCGAGGAUGUUAGAGGUUUCCAGGGAGGAGGCGGAAAGGAAGCGGAUGCUUGAUGAGAGGUCAAAUUACAGGCACAAACAGGUGAUGUUGGAGGCUUAUGAUCAACAAUGCGAUGAAGCAGCAAGAAUAUUUGCAGAGUAUCAUAAGCGGCUCCGUUAUUAUGUUAAUCAAGCAAGGGAUGCUCAGAGGUCAAUUUUUGAAUCUUCAGAUGAAGUGGUUACUGGUUUCCAGCCAAGCAAUGAUAAAGAGGCUGUUUAUUCAACUGUUAAAGGCUCCAAAUCUGCAGAGGAUGUCAUUCUUCUUGAAACAACCAGGGAAAGAAAUAUCCGGAAAGCAUGUGAAUCUCUUGCAGUGCAGAUGAUAGAAAAGAUUCACAACUCGUUUCCGGCUUAUGAAGGAAGUGGUAUCCAUUUGAAUCCUCAGCUAGAAGCUGCCAAGUUGGGCUUUGAUUUUGAUGGUGACGUGCCUGAUGAGGUUAGAGAUGUGAUUAUAAAUUGCCUAAGAAGUCCUCCUCAGUUGCUUCAGGCAAUUACUGCAUACACUCAACGACUGAAAAUCCUGAUUGCCCGAGAGAUAGAGAAAAUUGAUGUCAGAGCUGAUGCAGAAACCUUAAGGUAUAAGUAUGAGAAUAACAGGGUCAUGGAUGCUUCGUCUCCUGAUGUAAGCUCACCCUUACAGUAUCAACUCUAUGGUAAUGGAAAGAUUGGAUCUGAUCUACCUUCAAGAGGAACUCAAAAUCAAAAUCAACUUCUUGAGAGACAGAAAGCACAUGUUCAGCAAUUUGUGGCUACUGAAGAUUGUCUCAACAAAGCUGCAGAAGCUAGAAAGAUGUCUCAAACACUUUUAAAACGUCUUCAUGGAAGUGCUGAUGUUGUUUCUUCAAAAUCCCUUGUUGGAGGCUCAUCUCAUGGUAUGAGCAGUCUUAGGCAGCUUGAGUUGGAGGUUUGGACCAAGGAAAGGGAAGCUGCUGGAUUGAGAGCGAGCCUGAAUACGUUGAUGUCUGAAGUACACCGCUUGAAUAAAUUAUGUGCAGAGAGGAAGGAAGCUGAAGAUUCCUUGAGAAAGAAAUGGAAAAAAAUUGAAGAGUUUGAUGCCCGCAGAACCGAACUUGAAUCCAUUUAUACCGCUUUACUUAGGGCUAACAUGGAUGCUGCUUCAUUCUGGAGUCAACAGCCAUUAGCUGCAAGAGAGUAUGCAGCAGGCACCAUAAUUCCGGCAUGCACAGUUGUUGUGGACAUAUCAAACAGUGCAAAAGAUCUUAUUGAUAAAGAAGUGUCGGCAUUCUAUCGAACCCCUGAUAAUAGCCUCUACAUGCUUCCAGCUACCCCACAGGCCCUUUUAGAAUCCAUGGGUGCUAAUGGAUCUUCAGGACCUGAAGCAGUUGCAGCAGCUGAAAAGAAUGCUUCUAUAUUGACAGCUAGAGCUGGUGCCAGAGAUCCUUCGGCAAUUCCUUCCAUAUGUCGGAUUUCUGCUGCUCUUCAGUAUCCUUCAGGUUUGGAAGGUUCAGAUGCUGGCUUAGCAUCUGUCCUAGAAACCAUGGAAUUCUGUUUGAAGCUUCGUGGUUCUGAGGCAUGUGUCCUGGAAGACUUGGCAAAGGCAAUUAAUUUGAUCCAUAUACGGCAGAAUCUUGUUGAAAGUGGACAUGCAUUGUUAAAUCAUGCUUACCGCACACAACAAGAAUAUGAAAGGACGACAAGCUACUGUUUGAAUUUGGCUGCUGAACAAGAGAAAACUGUAACAGAGAAGUGGUUACCUGAGCUAAAGAGUGCCGUUAUGAAUGCUCAAAAAUGCCUGGAAGACUGCAAAUAUGUCAGGGGCUUGCUUGAUGAGUGGUGGGAACAACCAGCAUCAACUAUUGUUGACUGGGUCACUGUUGAUGGGCAAAAUGCUGCUGCGUGGCAUAAUCACGUGAAACAGCUUCUUGCAUUUUAUGACCAGGAACUUUUGUGAUUAAAACUUUUCAGCAUUUGAAGCAAUCAGGUGUCACUGAAAAUUUCCCUCCUUUUCUCAUUUUGUGCCAAUUGUGGAUGCCACAUAAACUGGAGAGCUGCUCGAAGCAGUUUGCAGGACAAUGUAGACCUGGAAGCAUGAAAUCUGGCAUCUUUUUACAAUAAAAUUUUCUAUUCGGCUGGAACAGGAAGGGCAGAGGCUAUUCGGUGGUUCAAGACUGAGUUCAGCUGGUGGACAAUUCUGUCUAUCCUUCCGCAACUAUGUAUAGAAGGUACUUCCGCUGGAAGGAUCUCUUGUGCACAACAGGCUAUUUGUACUUCUUGGUUCCUAGGUAUGUUUUCCUCACAUUGUCAUUGUAUCUUGUGAAACUUGAUUAAUUACAUGAAAACAGUGUGAUUUAUUGUAGAUACUUUAGUAGUUUGAAUUGGUUUGAUUUAUCCUCAAAAGGGUAAUUAAUGUGUGACGGACGGAUACUAUUGUUUUUGUACUGCUUGUACCAUAAGCAUCGGACUUACUCCUCCCCUAACUCAAUCAACUUGAUUUAAGACAUAUUGGAA